UCCUCAAGCACACAAAACGCACGGAAAUAUUUUCUUCUGAACUUAAAGACUUUGUAGGGUUUCGAUAAGACAUGAUGAGAAAGAUUAGGCAAGCUUUUAGUGCUUUAUUCUUACUCUUACUAGCUGUCUCUGCUUGUGCUGCAGGGCGCAAGGCAGAGGCAACUUCUUUGAAAGACAUGGCUAUAACUUCCGUUGAGCUCAGUCUCCAGGAAGUUAAAAUGCUGACCAUUGGAGCUUCUUCUCAGUCACUGUUUUUGGGCUCGGGAUCUUCCCCGGACGAUGAAAUUAAGCGGGCUGCAGUUCAAGACUGUGAGAUGUUGUUUAAAUACACGGUGGAGCAGCUGAACGAAUCGUUGACAUUGCUGAACAAAUCAGAACAGUGGAAGAAAGAUCAGGUGGAGGACGUGCAGACAUGGCUCAGCGCUUCUCUCACUGAUCAAGUCACAUGUAUUGAAGGAUUCAAAGGUGUCAAAGACGAUUAUGCAGAAUCUGUAAGAAAUAUUUCCAAACUUAUCAGUGAUUCCCUAGCAAUCGUCAACAGUUUACCUGUGGCCAGUAUUUCUCCCGGCGGCCAAAAAAAGCGCCGCCUUUUAGCUUCAGUGGAUAGUGAGUUAUAUUUCCCGAGCUGGUUGUCUUUAGCGGACCGGCGGCUUCUUCAGAGCUCUCCGGCGGGUGGAGUGAGUGCGAACGUGGUUGUAGCCAAGGACGGAACGGGGAAUUACAGGACCGUUUCGGAGGCUGUAAAAGCUGCUCCAAGUUACAGUGAUAGUCGAUAUGUUAUCCAUGUCAAAGCCGGAGUGUACGCAGAAUCGGUGGACGUCUCCAAAGAUAAUAUCAUGCUGGUCGGUGAUGGGAAAUACUCUACGGUCGUUACGGGGUCCAGUCAUGGAGGUUCUAUCCAGUCCGUGGCUACGUUUGCUGCAACAGGAAAAGGAUUCAUUGCACGGGACAUGGGCUUUGAGAACACAGCAGGGUCAGAUGCUGGGCCAGCCAUUGCCCUUAGGGUAUCAUCUGAUCUCUCUGCAUUUUACAGGUGCAGCAUGAAGGGCUACCAGGACACUCUGUACGCCUAUUCUCAACGCCAGUUCUACAGAGAAUGCGACAUUUCCGGCACCGUAGAUUUCAUCUUCGGCGACGCCGCCGCAGUUUUUCAGAGCUGCAACAUAUUGUCGCGCAAUCGUGACGGAGGGAAUGCAAACUAUAUUACGGCGCAAGGCAGAAGUGAUCUCAACCAGAACACCGGCUUCUCUAUCCAAAACUGCCAGGUGUCGGCGGAGUCCAUUCGAACAUAUUUGGGCAGACCAUGGAGAGAAUACUCUCGUACAGUAUUCAUGCAAUCAUUCUUAGAUGCGAACGUCGAUCCUGCUGGUUGGGCUGAGUGGUCUGGUAAUUUUGGAUUGAAGACGUUAUAUUAUGGAGAAUAUAUGAAUUCUGGGCCGGGGGCAGGAAUUGCAAAGCGAAUACAAUGGCCUGGAUAUCAUAUCAUUUCAACUGUAGCAGAGGCCAUCAGAUUCACCGUAGCAGAGUUUAUCUCUGGGAAUGAGUGGUUGCCUUCGACUGGUGUUGCAUUUCAAUCUGGAUUAGGUCGAUAAGAGAUCUGUUUUCUUGAAUUUCAGCAGAUUAUUCAACUUUUUAUUAUUCUAAAUAUAGAACUGGUGCUCCAUAUUAAUAACUAAAUUGAAUAGAUGUAAUUGUAU